AUGCUAAACGCUAUACCGGACAGACGCAGCAUCAGUGAGAUUGCUGAUGGCCCUGGGUUUCUAACGCCGAAUGAACCAGUCGAUGAAAGUUCAGACAUCGAAUUCAACGGACAGUCAAAAAUAUCUCGUCAUGAGUCAAUCAGUCUGGGUGAACGACGUAAAUCAUCUGUAUAUUCAAAUAGAAGUGGAGAAUCCAGUAUCGAACUUCCGCAGCCCAAUGCUACCGUAGAAUCAGUUGAACGACCCAUCUUUGAAGGAAUUCGUUUGGAUGCUGUUCCUUCUCAAAGUCCAUGGGUUCGGCUGUGUGCUGAAUGUAUUGCAGAAUUAUUUGGUACUGCUAUUCUUGUCCUGUUCGGAUGUUCAGGCAUUGCUCAGUACACACUCUCACGUGGUGUUCUCGCAAGUUUUCUGUCAGUCAAUUUUGCUUUCGGUUUCGGAGCUUUGAUCGCUGUGUAUGUUGCUGGUCCCGUAUCAGGUGCCCAUAUCAAUCCAGCUGUAUCUAUUGCAAUGUUAAGUUUACGCUCGAUUACACCGUUACAAUGUUUCACCUAUAUCAUAUCACAAUUCCUCGGUGCAUUUAUUGCGGCAGGGUUAGUAUUUGGAACAUAUUAUGACGCAAUCAAUCGGUUUGAUGGUGGAGUUAGACAGGUGCAAGGUGAGCAGGCAACUGCGGGCAUAUUUGGCACAUUACCUGCACAGCAUGUUAGUCAAGUAUCGCUUUUCUUUGAUCAAGUUCUAUCAACAGCACUUCUACUCGUUGCUAUUUGUGCAUUAUCGAACAAACGAAAUAAACUUGUAGCUAAUGCACAAAUUCCACUGGCAGUCGGAUUUAUAAUUGUUGCUAUUGGUGUUGCUUUCGGUUACAAUUGCGGUUUUCCAAUCAAUCCAGCGCGUGAUCUCGGUCCACGUUUGUUUACAUUGUGCGUGGGCUACGGUCGAGAAGUGUUUUCGGUCGGUAAUUACUAUUUCUGGAUUCCAUGUGUAGGUCCAGUAUUUGGGGCAUUACUUGGGGCGUGGGUGUAUCACGGUUAUAGUAAAUUAAUGAAAGUACAUAUCGGUGAAGAUGACAGAGAAAUAGCCCGUGCUCGAUAUCAAGUUGAUGUGCAAAAUGUUACUCGGAUGUAA